AUGGCGUCGCCGCCGAAACCUUGGGAGAUGUCUGGCGCCGCGACACCCCUCGCCUCAGUGCCAUCUACCGAUCCCUCCAUGUCCGCACCCCCUAUGACAACCGCCUCAACCUCUACCUCCAUGCCCCCCGAUCUUCCUGAACGGCCAUCAUCCUUAGCCUCGGCGGUAAACCAGAAUGCAGCGGCAUACAGUCGCGUAGGGGUCGGUGCCACCCCCUACAGCGGUUACGGUUCGGCCUACCAAUCGCCCUACGCGAGUCCGUAUUCACGAAUGGGAGGCUACGGCGGUAGUAUGUAUGGCGGCGGAAUGUACGGUGGUUAUGGAGGCUAUGGCGGUGGCAUGUACGGUGGUGGAAUGUACGGCGGCAUGCCGGGGAAUCCCAACGACCCCAACAGCCUGACGCAUAGCUUCAACCAGAGUACAGCUGCCACUUUCCAGAUGCUCGAGGGGAUCGUCGGUGCUUUUGGCGGCUUUGCUCAGAUGUUGGAGAGCACAUAUAUGGCGACCCAUUCAAGCUUCUAUGCAAUGAUCUCUGUUGCCGAACAGUUUGGGAACCUCCGCGAAACCCUUGGCUCCAUACUAGGAAUUUUCGCGAUUGUGCGAUGGGUCAGGACAUUAUUUGCCAAACUAACCGGCCGUCCACCCCCAGCCGACGCCGUAUCCCUUACGCCCGCAGCCUUUGCCAAAUUCGAGGGACGAACUCUUGGGCCCAACGGAUCUCCCGCCGGUCCCCCUAAGGCCAGCCGCAAGCCGCUUUUGUUCUUCAUCGUGGCUGCUUUUGGCCUUCCCUACCUAAUGAGCAAGCUUAUCCGGACACUAGCCGCCUCUCGAGAGGAGGAGGAGCGCAAGCGGCUUGCUGCUACCGAUCAGAUGAGGAUAGAUCCCUCACAGCUCGAGUACUGCCGCGUCCUUUACGACUACAUGCCCCAAUCCCAAGCUGGUGCAGCCAACGGAGUUGAUCUUGAGGUUAGGAAGGGCGAUCUUGUAGCGGUUCUCGCCAAGACGGAUCCCUUCGGCGCCCCGAGCGAGUGGUGGAGGUGCCGAACCCGAGACGCGCGCAUGGGAUACCUUCCGUCGACGUACCUCGAGGUAGUCAGGAGGCCCGGAGAGAUUAAGGCGCCUAAGCCAGUAGCGGCCAUCAAGGCCACCCCCGCUAGCGACAGCAGCCGAACCAACUCCCUUACUAGCUCGGGAGAGACGGUAUCUUCCAUCCAGUCGCCUCCCACCCCAGUGGGCAUCUCGCGGCCCCUGACCACUGUCAAGCAAGGACCGCUGUUGACGGCCGAAGAUUUCCAAAAGAGCCAGUUCUACUAA